AAACCGCCUCACUCAGUCUAAAUAAAACCACUCCCUCAUCUACAUUUGUUCUACUCAUUCUCUCUCUAUCUCUAUUAGAACAGUCCCACAUCUUGUUCCAACAUCUUUCUCUUUUGAUCUUCUCCAUUAUCUCUCUCUUGGGCUCUCCGAAUCAUCACUAGUAUUAGCCUACAAACUCUCUUCUAAAAUUCUCUCAAUUACAUCUCUCUGUUCUCUGUACAUAUUAAGAACAGAACUUCAUCAAUGGCUACCAACAAGUUUGCCACCAUGUUGCAUAGGAACACCAACCAAAUCACCCUUACUCUCAUCUAUGCCAUCCUAGAAUGGAUUCUGAUCAUACUUCUGCUCCUUAAUUCUCUCUUCUCCUAUCUGAUCAUCAAAUUCGCCGAUUACUUUGGCCUUAAAAAGCCCUGCUUAUGGUGUUCUAGGCUUGAUCACAUCUUAGAGCCUGGAAAGUAUAGUAAUUCUUACAGAGAUCUUGUUUGUGAAGCUCAUGCCUCCGAGAUUUCCAAACUGGGUUACUGCUUGAAUCACCGGAAACUGGCCGAAUCGCGAGAUAUGUGCGAGGAUUGCUCGUCCUCAUCGCAACCUGAUUCUCCUGAACUUUCAAAGAGGUUUGCUUUCUUUCCAUGGAUGAACAAGAUUGGUUUGAUCCAGAGUGGUGAUGACAAGGUCAGUGAAAAUGGGGAGGGGAAUUUGAGCUGCUCUUGCUGUGGUGUGCUCUUGGACAGCAAGUUCUACCCUCCUUGUAUAUUGAUUAAGCCGUCUUGGGGGGAUUCCGAUUACUCCCAGAAACAGAAUUUGAUUGCAGAAGAAGGGGUUGAUGCUCAAAUUGAUGAAGGUGAUUAUUCAGAUCGAAGCAGAUCGGAUUUCGCGAUUAAUCUAUGUGAAGAUGCUCAGAGUAUUGGAGAAAACAGGGGAAUUCAGAUAGUUUAUCAUGAUGUCGUUGAUGGUGGUUCUGGGAGAAAAGAAGUGGAGACAGAGGAGACAUGUUCUGUAUGUGACUUUGGCUGCAAGGAACUGGUAGCUGAUGAACACGAUAACUUGGACGUGGUUAUAGGAAAAAAGCAAGAACCCGUAAAAGAGGAGAAUUUCAAUGUAUCCUUGGUUGAUGAGACUACGGUUCAUGUCAAUUGUAGUACGGACACGUCCCUUCAAAUUCUGCCUCAGCAUCUUGAGUUUUACAUCGAUCGUCAAGAUUGUAGAUUGAUUCCAGUUGAAUUGAUUGGUUCUGCUACCGUGGAAGACCAAGGUCAACCAAGAUAUAAUGUGGAAGAUCAAGGAAACUGUGAUAAUCAAGAUGUAAUUCUGGAUUUUGAUAUGCAUGUUGAGGCACAGGCCGAACCGGUUGUGGAGAGUUGGCACAGUUUAGGAGAGAAAGUGGCAUUACUUUCAAAAGACGAGGUUGCAGUGCUUGAAUCCCUGCUUCUGGUUGAGAGUGAGAGUAUCUCUCUAUUGCCCACAGAAGAAGAAGAUUUAUUGAGGGAAAAAUAUGAACAAGUUGCUAUUACUGAAGCAACUCAAACCCCAUCUAAAUAUGAUGAUCAUGAGGAUCAAGCAACUGCGGCAACAGCAAGGGAAAUGUGUUCAGAUGUUCAUCUGGCACCUGAAGAAGCAAUUCAAAUGCAAGGCAAUGAAUUCGAAGUAGAGAUCUCAGUAGGGACAGAGAUUCCUGAUCGGGAAACACUUGAUGAGGCUCAAACCCAAGAGUUUCUUCCAUCAUAUGAACACAGACAAGAAGAUCCUUCCACCAGCGCUGUCAUACUGCAUGUUGAUGAUGAUGGUGGUUCUGGGCAAGCAGAAGAAGAAAUGUUAGAAUUUACAAUAAUGUCAGUAGAAACAAGCAAGCAGGCUGAAAACAAUGAUAUAUCCUUGUGUUUGGAGUUUAAUGAAAUUGAGGAAGAAAGAGUCCCUGAUACACCUACUUCUGUAGAUAGUUUGCAUCACUUGCACAAGAAAUUAUUACUGCUUGAGAGGAAAGAAUCGGCAACAGAAGAGUCCUUGGAUGGAAGUAUCAUUAGUGAGAUAGAAGGUGGUGAGCUGACCAUUGAGAAGUUAAUAUCAGCAUUGAGAACCGAAAGGAAGGCUUGGAAUGCUUUAUAUGCAGAACUAGAAGAAGAGAGAAGUUCUUCUGCGGUGGCCACCAACCAGACAAUGGCAAUGAUAAAUAGGCUUCAUGAAGAGAAGGCAGCAAUGCAAAUGGAAGCUUUGCACUAUCAGAGAAUGAUGGAAGAGCAAUCUGAGUAUGACCAGGAAGCUUUGCAGCUUUUGAAUGAGCUUAUGGUGAAAAGGGAAAAAGAGAAGCAAGAGGUAGAAAAGGAGCUGGAAAUAUAUCGUAAGAAGGUCCAGGAGUAUGAAUCCAAAGAAAAUAUAAUGAUGUCGAGGAGAAGAAGAGAUAGUAGUACAAGAAGCACUGGUUCUUGUAGCAAUGCUGAGGAUAGUGAUGGACUAUCUACUGAUUUUAAUCAUGAAGUAAAGGAAGUAGACUUCUAUGGCAAUCAAGAAAGUGGCAACCUAAACACUCCGGCCGAUGCAGUUCUAUAUUUGGAAGAGUCACUUGCAAACUUUGAGGAAGAGAGGCUAUCAAUUUUACAGCAGCUCAAGAAGUUGGAAGACAAGCUCUUCACAUUGAGUGAUGAGGAGGAGCAACAUUUUGAGGAUGUCAAACCACUCGAGUAUUCCCUCCAAGAGAAUGGAAAUGGAUACCAUAAGAACUCAGAUUCUGACAGUGAAGAAAAUGGUGUUGAAAAUGGCCAUUCCAAACAAAUGAAUGGAAAGCAUCAUCAAGAGAGAAGAAUCAAAGGAGCAAAUGCAAAGAGACUUCUUCCCCUUUUUGAUGCCAUUGGUAUAGUUGGUAAAGAUGGUUUGGUGAAUGGACAUGAAGAAGGAUUUGAUUCUGUUGCACUGCAGAAGUCAUCCGACACUGAAUUUGAGAAGAAGGUUGCUAUUGAAGAGGAGGUAGAUCAUGUGUAUGAGAGGCUACAGGCGCUUGAGGCAGAUAGGGAGUUUCUAAAGCAUUGCAUCAGCUCCUUGAGAAAAGGAGACAAGGGUUUAGAUCUUCUCCAAGAGAUUUUAGAACAACUUCGUGAUCUUAGAAGUGUGGAACUCCGUGUGAGGAACAUGGGGGAUGGUGUUCUAUAUUCACUUUGAGCUUAAAUAUCUAUGCUCAUGAAGCUAAUAGAGUUCUCUAUUGGAGUUCAUUGACACCUGCUAUUCAGGAAAAGAAAGCACCAACCUUGGGGUGCUUAAUGUUACAUGGCAUCAAUCAAUGCACCUCUGCAUUUUCAACAAAUUCAGUGGGGAGUCUCCUAAUGGAGAGGGAGGUUCCUGGCAUGGUCUAUUUGGUGAUGUUGGUGGACUACAAAUCUGAAGUCUGCCCCUUUUUUCUUUUCUUUUUCUGGUUUUUUUGUGCCCAAGUAAGCCCAAAUUUUUGUGGGCAGUGCCCAUCACCUCCUUUUGAGGGAAAGGAGGAUGAUGAGUAUGUGUGUGUAGGCACCCUGUGAUUUUUAUGUUGUGAGGAAAGGCCUGGCUUGCAAAGCUGGAGAGAUCCAACAAAGAUUCCAGUGCCAGGUACAUAGAGCAUUAGUUUAUUUAGACAAGUUAGAGUUAGGCCACUCUUUUUGUCAAUUUUUUUAAUCUUUUGGAGGAAGGAAAAGGGGUAAGCAACCCCCUUCUUCCUCAUCUUUGCAUCAUUUCAUCAUAUGAGGUUUGUUUUUUUUUAUCGAGAAGCAAAGUUGAGUUACUUGUAUACUGCAUAUAUCCAUUUGUAAGUAUAUAAAAUGAGUGUAUUUUUUUUUUUUUUUUU